AUGCGAGGAAAAGUCGCACCAAUUCUCGUCGCCAGUACGGUUGGUAUACUAUCUGGCUAUUACAUUUUCAGUGUACCACUCCAGCAAGCAGUCAGGGACGUAAAAAACGAGAAGAAAACAGAAGAAACUGUUGCGCCAACUAAGGAGAAGCCAACAUAG